AUGAAGACAGCAAGUAGAAGUUUCUGGGUUCUCUUAUUUCUGUCAAUAACUGUUGCUGAGCUGAGAGCCGGCGACACUCUUGUUGACCUUCCUCAAGGGAAGGACAAUGUAGAAGUUGGAAACAACACAGAGGUUGUGAUCAACAGCAAGAAUAAACAUUAUGGAGGUGGGGGUGGUGGAAGUUAUGGAUGGGGAUGGGGUGGUGGUGGUGGUGGUGGUGGAGGUGGAGGAGGAGGGGGAGGAGGAGGUGGUGGUGGUGGAUGGGGAUGGGGAGGAGGAGGUGGCGGUUGGUAUAAAUGGGGAUGUGGAGGGAAAGGAAAAGGUGGAGGUAGAGGUAGAGGUAGAGGUAGAGGUAGGGGUAAUAGGAAGGCUUACAAGGUAGGAGAAUUUGCCCAGUGCAUGAAUAGAGGAAGAUGCAGAGGCAUGAGAUUGGAUUGUCCUCUUCAUUGUGGGGGGCCUUGCUUCUAUGACUGCCAAUAUAUGUGCAAAGCUCAUUGUCGACGUCCCUGAUUUUGAUGCUCAUUGAUUCCUCUAAUUUCAUAACAGAUUCCUUCAACACUGAUUACAAAAACAAAAAAAAAAAGGACAACAUGGAGGAUGUUUCUGGUUUCAUGUUUGUUGUAAUAGUUUGUUCAUUUGGUUUCUGAUUACAGAGACUGCUAAUAACAGUUUUGACAGAUUUGAGUUCU